AUGAAAGAGGCAGAAAUCAGGAGGCUCCUGGCUGCCAACCUCCUCUGUGCGCUGUCGAUUGUCCUGACGGCGGUCGUUCCGUCUUUCUUCCUGGAGGGAUUCACGGUGCUGGGAACGCACCUCACGUGGCUGUGUGUUUGUUCUGUCUGUGUCGGUACCCUUAAUGUAAUCUUGCACUUAGUCCUUAAACCAAGUCAGUCUCCUAAGAGAAGUUCGUUUGCUCAAAAGAUAUCCAGAUUUCUAAAAUGCUGUAUAUACUUUUUCAUGUCUUGCAUACUGUUUCAUGCGAUUAUUGUUCUUUAUGGAGCACCUCUCAUAGAGUCAGUUACUGAGACAUUUUUGUUUGCAGUUCUCCUGUCUACCUUUACUACUUUACAGUGCUUGUGUAUUCUGGGACCAAACAUACAAGCAUGGAUACGGGUAUUUAGUAAAAAUGGAGCUAUGUCCAUCUGGGAAAGCAGUCUACAGAUUACUACUGUGUGCAGUAUACUUGGAGCUUGGUUUGGAGCAUUUCCUAUUCCUCUUGAUUGGGAUCGGCCUUGGCAGGUAUGGCCCAUUUCCUGUUCCCUCGGAGCUACCUUUGGCUAUAUGGCUGGUCUGAUUAUUGCACCUCUGUGGAUACACUGGAACCGGAAGCAGCUUACAUACAAAAGCAGAUAACUGGAGCAAAGAGAGACAAGGUAUUUCUUUGUGCAGAUUCCAUACAGACUGUGCAAAAGUUGUUUUUUUUAAGAUAGAUAUAUAUAUAUAUAUAUAUAGUCAAAGCAGAAGACUGUCCAAAUUCAGUUAGAGUAUUUCAGGCCAAGCAUCUCCACUCAUUAAAAUCACAUAGAUGCCGUUUCAGCAUGGUGCAGUUUUUGCUUCCUCUAGACUAUGUAACCCUGAGAGAUUGUACCUUCCAGUCUGAAUAAAAUAUUUGUAACAGG